AUGGGCAUAUUCAAGAUACCAGAUGCUACAAUAAAAGAGCUCGAUAGCAUCCAACGGAAUUUCUGGUGGGGCAAGGAAAAAUCUGGAGGUUUAUUUCUUACUGGAUGGCCAGCAAUCAACAAACACAAGCUGAAUGGAGGUAUGGGCUUCAGGGAUCUAAAAUGUUUUAAUAGAGCUCUCUUGGAAAAAGCUGCAUGGAGAUUGCUCAACAGUGAAGACAAGUUAUGCGCUCAGGCUUUGAAAGGAAGAUAUUUUCCAACUACUUCAGGCUUGCAUGCAAAGAAGAAAAAGAAUUCUACUUGGGCAUGGCAAAGUAUACAAGGAAGCAUGCAAUUCAUCUUCAAAUGCAGUUUAUUGCUGGUCGGAAAUGGACAAAAAAUAUCCAUAUGGACUGACAAUUGGAUACAAGGUGAACAAGAACCUCAUACCCCAGCUGUAGAGUUGGAGAUUGCCAAUACUUACAACAAAGUAUCUGAUCUCAUUGAUCAAGAUACUAAGUCAUGGAAUGUGACAGUGGUGCAACAUUUAUUCAACCAACAGGAUGCUUAG